GUUGUCCUGGUUGAUGCAUGCAAUGUCUGAGCAGGGGAACGCGACCAAAGUCUGAUUUGGAGAACAGCGCUGCAAGGUUUGGCUAGUGUAUUUCUACCAAAACGCGCGCACACAGGAAUUGUAGGAAAUUGGCUACUACAAAAAGUUACCUUCGAUUCGCUGUGGAAUUCGAGCAGUUGAAGGGAUAAGUACGCUCCCUUUUUUCGGUUGCUAUGUCAGCCAAGGCAUCCAAAGGGAAGUGGGGGGCCCUGAAGGAGCACCUGACCAGCAGCCCCCCCGACCGAGAUGCUCACCUGGAGGCCAACUUGGAGAACUCAGUUCCAGAGCUAUGCAUACGACUGCUACAGGUACCCACAGUGGUCAACUACUCAGGGGUGCGGAGGCGUCUGGAGGGGAGUGACCAGGAAUGGAUGGUGCAGUUCCUGGAGCUCAAUGGACUGGAUCUGCUGAUGGAGGCCCUGCAGAGGCUGUCUGGCCGGGGGUGUGCCCGCAUCGCUGACGCCCUCCUCCAGCUCACUUGUGUGGCCUGUGUGAAGGCAGUGAUGAACUCCUCAGCUGGGCUGCACUUUAUACUGGACAAUGAGGGAUACGUCAGGACCCUGUCACAAGCCCUGGACACGUCCAACACCAUGGUAAAGAUGCAGGUGUUUGAGCUGCUGGCGGCCCUCGCCCUGUUUAACCCACAGGGACACCACCUGGCCAUGGAUGCCCUGGAGCACUAUAAAAGUGUGAAUAUGCAGCAGUACCGCUUCAGCGUCAUCAUGAAUGAGCUGCAUGCGACUGACAACGUUCCGUACAUGGUCGUCCUCAUGAGUGUGGUCAACGUGAUCAUUUUCGGAGCAGAGGACCUGAGGAAGAGGGACAAACUACGCAAAGAGUUCAUCGGGCUUCARUUACUACAAUUACUUCCAAAACUUAGAGAGACUGAGGAUGUGGACCUGAACAUCCAGUGUGAUGCCUUUGAGGAUACCAUGGCAGAGGAUGAGGAGGAGAUGGAGAGGGUGUACGGAGGCAUCGAUAUGAGCAGUCACCAGGAAGUCUUCACCACACUCUUCACCAAAUUGAGUAGCACCCCUGCAUCGGUGCAGCUGCUGUCUAUCCUGCAGGCUCUGUUGUUGGUAGGGCCGGAGCAGAGUGAGGUGUGGCUAGCCUUGGAGGCCCUGGCUGACCGCGCUACUUUGCUGGCACAGGACCCUGAAGUCRAUUCCACCAAGCGCCUGAUGGAACGUCUGGUGUUCUCCAAGGGUCAGCAAGGGUCACCUAAGGUCAAGACCACAGACCGGGGCGUUCAGAUUGAUCGGUCAAUCUGUCUAUCAGGUCUAUCAGAUGUCCUCAUUAAAGAAUCUACUGCCCCUGUUGCCACUGCACCUCCUCCUCUACCACCACCCCUACCAGGCAUGAGAACUUUUGUCCCACCACUUCCUGGCUUCUCUGGGAUGCCUCCCCCUGGCCUCCCUCCUCCGCCACCACCUCUACCAGGGAUGGGGCAUGGAGGUCCACCGCUUCCCCCACCCCUGCCUGGCAUGAUGGGUCCACCGCCUCCCCCACCCCUGCCUGGCAUGAUGGGUCCACCGCCUCCCCCACCCCUGCCUGGCAUGAUGGGUCCACCGCCUCCCCCACCCCUGCCUGGCAUGAUGGGUCCACCGCCUCCCCCACCCCUGCCUGGCAUGAUGGGUCCACCGCCUCCCCCACCCCUGCCUGGCAUGAUGGGUCCACCGCCUCCCCCACCCCUGCCUGGCAUGAUGGGUCCACCGCYUCCCCCACCCCUGCCUGGCAUGAUGGGUCCUCCGCCUCCCCUUGGUGRCAAUGACAUUAUAGUGGCCCAGAGUGUGCAGAUGCAGGGUCGAUCCUGCUACGCCUCUUCACCCAAAGCGGGCCGCUGCCCCACACUGCGCAUGAAGAAGCUCAACUGGCAGAAGCUGCCAUCCAGAGUGGUGACUGAUAGUCACUCCAUGUGGACCUCAGUACAGGUAGAUUCUCUGGAGCCUGACUACUCCAGUAUUGAGGCGCUCUUCUGUCUGCCAGUGACUGACUCAAAAGCCAAAGGCGGCACCCCUGCAGUCAAACAGGAGCCCAAAGAGAUUUCUUUCAUCGAUGCCAAAAAAAAUCUUAACCUGAACAUAUUCUUGAAACAAUUCAGAUGCUCACAUAAGGACUUUGUGGCCAUGAUUCAAAAAGGUGACCGGUCCAAGUUUGAUGUGGAGGUGCUGAAACAGCUGCAAAAGCUACAGCCAGAGAAGCAUGAGAUUGAGAACCUGAAGUCCUACCAGGGAGAGCGGGAGAAGUUAGCUGGUGUGGACCAGUUUUAUCUCCAGCUCCUAGCUGUUCCAUGCUACGCCCUGAGGAUCGAGUGCAUGUUGCUGUGUGAGGAGAUCAGCUCAGUGUUACAGAUGAUGCAGCCUAAAGUUAAGCUGCUGGACGAGGCCUGUGAGAGUCUGAGAGUGAGCACUCGACUGCCAAGCUUCUGCAUGCUCAUUCUGGACGUUGGAAACUUCCUCAACUAUGGAAGCCACACGGGGAACGCUGAGGGCUUCAAGAUCAGCACACUGUUGAAACUCACUGAAACUAAGGCCAAUAAAAGUCGCAUCACGCUGCUCCACCACAUCCUAGAGGAGGCUGAGCAGAACCAUAAUGACCUGUUGAACCUUCCAGAUGAUCUAGAGAUCUGUGAGAAGGCUGCUCGUGUGAAUUUGGAGUCUAUCCAGUCAGAGGCGAGCUUGCUCAUCAAGCGGUUGAAAGAUUCAGAGAAGAAGGUGGCUUCCUCCUCUGUGGAGGCCAUCAAGGAGCAAUAUCUCACUGCCAUACAGGGAAGCCAGGAGGCCUGCAGGGAGCUGGAGGCGAGGUUUGCCUCCAUCGACAGGAAGAAGGAGRAUCUGGCACAGUAUCUGUGUGAGGACUCAUCCCGUCUGUCCCUGGAGGACUUGUUCAGCACUUUACAUUCCUUCAGGGGACUCUUCAUCAAAGCUCUCAAGGACAAUCAGACCCGCCGAGAGCAAGYGAUUAAGGCCGAGAAGAGGAAGAAACAGCAGGAAGAGGAGGAUUCCAAGAGACCAAGGGGGGAGAACAGGAAGAUAAUUCGUAAAGCSCCCCCGGUCCAGGAGGAGGGCUGCAUCAUUGACCACCUGCUGUCUGACAUCAGGAAGGGCUAUGCGCUGAGGAAGACCAAGCACCAGGCCGACAGGACCAGCCUGCCUUCUGCGGACAAGAAAGGGGACAGCAGUCAGCCUGGUGAACAGGGCACCAUGCUUAAGGGAACAUCUGCUAUAGAUGCCAAAGAGAAAGUUGAAAAGGUGACUUCACCCAUUGACCUAGGACAACAAGCCGGAGAUCCGGUCGUAGGGGAGUCCUCCUCCGGCCUCCCCACAGACCCCUCGCUUCAGYCGAGUUCACCCAAAACAUCAGGCCCCUCAGACCUUCAUACCACCACCAAGGAUCACAUCCAGAGUGAAGACCUCAACCCUGGGAUGGAUUCCUCUACUGACCGCCAGCUCAAGGAGUCCCCAGAGGGAGAGGGGUUUAAGGCGGCUGAAUCCAAGGUUGAGAAUGUGAACAGGAAUGCAUUCUCAGCUGCUGGGGAUGGUCCAAAGAGCAGAGAUGCAGAGACCGAUGGGAACAGGGAGAGUGGAGCUGAUGGAAAUGGGUUAGAGGAGACUCAAUCAUCAGAGUCCCCCUCAACCACAGCUGACGUCAACACAGAGUCCAAACAGGCACAGAAACGGGGGAGUACUAAGAGACAUGGCAAAGCCAAGCGCAAAGGAAAAGACCACACUAAACUUAAAAAGUACAUGAGGUGCCCUUAUGAUGGGAGAUGUGAUACCCCUCGCGCCUGACGAAACGCAUACCGACUCACUGAACAUUGCGGGACCUCAGCCAAACUCUGGACCUCAGCAGAACUCUGCCUGUUCUCCCUACCAACAACCAACAACACACACAGAGAUCAGAUCUGGGCCAGUGGUUUUUGUGGGUCAUGUCAGUGUUGAUUCACUUGGUUUGAGUAACUUUUUGUGGAUUUUACAUUUUGUCAAAGAACAUUGCCUCUAUAAAUGUUGCAUUUGAUGUUAACACCAACUUACUAGUACUGUAAACUACUGAUUUUCUCCAUUUCUUUUUUUAUGAUGAACAUGUCAAGAAAGUAGUUUGAUAGUGUGCUGUAAAUCUUUGUCACUGCAAGGGAUGUUACAAUCACAGAUGUCCCCUAAAGAUGACAUCACUUCAUGUUAGGUGUGGRGUCUAUGGAUCUCUUCUAACAGCCAGUGUGCACCGAGCAAGCGGCUAUGGCUCUGUCAAGUUUAAAUGUUUUUGCCUCAUACACAGAUGCAAUGGUUGUAAAACAUGACUCUCAAUGCGCUUUUUAAAUGCACUUUCCUUGAUUGAUUUAGAUUUUAUUAGGAUCUCUUUUGGUCCUCAUUUGGACUAAUCUUCCAAGACUCCUUAACAAACUUUAAAAUACAAUCCAAUUUUCACAAAUAACAUGCUGUUACAAACAUACCAUAAUAUAUGAAAAACGAUAUACCUCAGAAAAGAGGUUGGUUCAGUCAUCUACCAUAGUCGUGCACAACAUCGCAAUCUAUUUUCAAGUGGUUCUAAAGUAUUCAUUAAUUAUUUAUUGAARGAUUUCUGGUUUCUCAAUUUUUUCCCGCUUUGAAUCUAAAUGUUUUGCUUAUUUCUCUGCUGGUGGAAGACAUGGAUGGUCGAUAUCCUAUUCUUUGUAUUGACUGAAUGUCUCUCUUACCAACUGAAUCCUGCAGUGAAUGGAUUUUGGCCAUAAUAAAAAAAGGGUGCUCACUUUAU